AUGUUCUAUCGAGUUGCCUCGAUGGAGGGAACCUUUCCUUCAUCGUCCCUCACACCAGGAAGACUUGUAUCUGACAUAUACCACUUUCCUGCUAGAUAUACAAAAGAACAGAUCCUCGCUGUCAGAGCCACCCAUCGCAAAGCAUAUACCUGGCAAGAUAGAGCAGCUCUCAGAACCGUGCGUCUAUUGCGCUGGAGUAUGGAUUUUGUCUCCGGCUAUCAUGCUCGACCGACAAACACAAACACACUUUCCAAACCCUACCUCAUGUCCGAGGAGAAAUGGAUCACGAGAUUCAUCUUUCUGGAAAGCGUAGCCGGUGUUCCAGGGAUGGUAGCCGGGAUGCUCCGCCACCUCAAAAGCAUCCGCCGAAUGAGGAGAGACAACGGGUGGAUAGAGACUCUCCUCGAAGAAGCCUAUAACGAACGAAUGCACCUCCUUACCUUCCUCAAGCUCGCCGAGCCAGGCUCAACAAUGAGGUUCAUGGUUCUCGGCGCGCAAUGGGUGUUCUUCAGCGGAUUUUCCCUCGCAUAUCUCAUUUCGCCCCAAAUGUGUCAUCGUUUCGUGGGAUAUCUAGAAGAAGAAGCCGUGAUCACAUACUCAAAGGUAAUCCAGGACCUCGAGAAUGGUCAUCUGCCGGGGUGGAAGAGCUUGCAGGCUCCAGAGAUGGCAAUCAAGUACUGGCAGAUGCCGGAGGGCCAACGCUGUAUGCAUUCAUUGUUGCUAUAUGUACGUGCUGAUGAGGCGAAACAUCGCGAUAUCAAUCAUGCUUUAGGGAAUUUGGAUCAGAAUACGGAUCCGAACCCUUUUGCGGCGGGAGUUAGGGUUCAGGUUCAAUCUGUUGCUUGUUCGGCUGGGGCUGCGCCAGCUGCAGGAAAAGUAGUAAGGAAACUUGAUUGA